CAACCCGGAAAAGUCGAAGAUCGUGAUUUUUCUGAUUUAUUUAUAUAAUGUACAUAUACUGUGGAAGCAAACUGGUACAACAGUAGUAGGAAAGCAUCUCCAGUUCGAAGAAAAGAACUCUCAAGUCUGGUCUCAACUCAAGAGUCUGAAGUCUGAAUUCCAACGCUUUGCAGAAAAGAAUUGCUUCACAAUUCCCAAAUCCCUGGGCUAUAGUAGAGUGUUGUUUUUCUUAUCUUGUGCUCUUCAUUAAUAAAUUCGAAUAAUUAAUUCAGCUGCUCCGAUGGAGGAUGACGAUGAGUUCGGAGAUCUCUACACCGAUGUUCUUAGUGCCUUCCCCUCAUCAUCAUCUUCUUCAGUUUUGGUUUCGGUUGCGUCUGCGGCUGCAUCGAAUUUGGCCUCGCAGCCAGCUUCCUGCCGUCCAAUUGAUCUCAACCUUCAAUCCAAAGAUAUGGAUAAUGAUAUUCUCAAUUCUAAUUUGACAACGACGAUGACGUUUAUUGCUGAUGUUGAUGUUGAUGUAAAUCUUGUUGAAAAGCCCUCAGAAGAGAUUGAAGAUGCACAUAAUAAGGUAAUUAAUAAUUCUAGGGUUUUGCAGUCCGCCCAUUCUAAUUCCCUACAGCAUACAGAGAAACAAUUGGAUGAUUUUAGAUUUGAGUUUGAUGACAAACAACAGAAUGCCAAUAGUGAGGAUGAUUUUGGUAUGGAACCUCUCAUACCUGGGCUUAGCACCACCCUUGUAGCUCCCACAGCCGCACUCGCACCCGCACCAACACCUGCUGGCGAUGAAUGGAACAGUGACAGUGAUAGUGAGGAUGAGUUACAAAUUGUGUUGAAUGAGACUGACCAUAACCAUGGCCUUAUGGGUAUGGGUAUGGGUAUGGAUGCCAAUGGAAUGAUGAUUGGGAGCGAUGAUGAGGAUGAUGAUGGUGAAUCGCUUGUCAUACUGGAUGAUCCCGAUGCUGCUGCUACAACUGGAGGUCUUCAAUCUGUUGAGGAGCAAGUCUGGGGAGAUGGAGCUGGCCAAUCUGCAGAAGGCAAAGAAGCUGCGGAUGCUUCUAAAGUUAAUAAUGCAGGACUACCAAAUGCUCCCAAGAUUGGUUAUAGCAACUUUGGUUAUCACUCCUUUCAUUCUCAGUUUAAGUAUGUACGACCUGGUGCUCCACUUCUGCCUGGAGGACCUCCUGCUGGUUCAGGAGCAGCCCCUGGUCAAGUUCGUGCCCCUGUCAAUGUUAGCACUAUGGCUGGUCGUGGAAGGGGUGAAUGGAGAUCACCUGGCAUGAAAGGUCCUCCUAUGCAAAAGGGUAUCCAUCCAGGCUUUUGGGGUAGCAAUGUGCUUGGACGUGGUUUGGAAUUCACUCUUCCGUCUCAUAAGACUAUAUUUGAUGUUGAUAUUGAUAGUUUUGAGGAAAAACCAUGGAAAUAUGCUGGUGUAGAUGAAUCCGAUUUUUUCAAUUUUGGCUUGAAUGAGGAGAGCUGGAAGGAACAUUGCAAGCAGUUGGAACUGCUGCGUUUGGAAUCUACAAUGCAAAGUAAAAUUCGGGUUUACGAGAGUGGGCGUGCAGAACAGGAGUAUGAUCCUGAUAUGCCUCCCGAACUUGCAGCAGCUGCUGGAAUUCAUGACUCUACAGCUGAAUAUGUGGAAACUGCUAAACCUGAUGUUGAAAUUGGUGACCUGGAUAAAGGAUCUGCUCGUGUGCUGCCACCAUUGCCGACUGGAAGAGCCAUACAAGUUGAAACUGGUUGUGGAGAGCGCCUGCCCUCUGUUGACACUCGGCCACCACGCAUUCGUGAUUCAGAUACAGUUAUCGAGAUUGUUUUGCAGGAUUUGGAUGAUGGUAACGAUACCAAAGAGCAUCAAGGUAACGAUUCUACUAAAGAGGAUGAUCAGGUGGAUGUGGUUGAUGAGGAUGAUCCUCAGUGUGAGAAUGAAUAUAUAGAUGUUUCCCGGAGAACAUCAUCAAGUGUAAUUUCUUGUGCUGAUAUGGAUGAGAAAGAGGACAGAUCUGCACCUGAAAGAGCCCCAAGUGAUCACUAUCCUGGUUCAAACAGCCAUGCUUCUGAAAAUAUUGCUUCACCAAAUGAGGAGAGAUGGAUGAAGGAAAAGGCACAUCAGAGUUCUCCUCAGAUGUCUUCAGGUGACAGUGCAUUAGAUAAAAGAUCACUUGAUUUUCAAAGGGAAGAUUCUAUCGGAAGUAUGGAAGCUGAGCAUAGUCCUGAACUGUCAUCUGCCACUCCUUUGGAGGAUGCUCGAGAAGGAAGUUUGGAAGGGAAAUCUGUUGUUGCUGAAGAUGUUCCAGGUUAUGUAGAGUCUGGUAAAAGUACUGAUGACAUUAAUAUGGCUGUUACUGGUAAUAGCUCCAAGCACAAGCAUAGCGAUUAUUCCCCUAAACAACAAAAACUAAGUUCUCAAGCUGAGCCACCAGAAACUAUUGACGUUGAAGAACGGGGUGAGUUCAAGGCCUCCAGAAAUAGUGACAACAGUAAAACGACUGGAAACGGCAGAAAGUAUCAGAAGUGGCAUGAAGUGAUUGAGGAGGAAAUUACGCAAAAUGGCCGAUCCACUUACCAGGGUGAUGCCAAGAGGAAUCAUGGUGAAGCUGGACAUGAUUUGCGGAGAAAGGACCGUGAUGGAAGAAUUGAGAUAGAAAGCAAUUACAUGUUAGCAAAACGAAAGGAGGAUUAUUUUUCUCAUAGAGACUGGGAUCCUCAUUCGGCCAAUCUUUUUCAUGCAAAAUCAGAGAGUAGUGAUAGGAGGAAAGAGAAGGAAUACUCUGAAGUUAACUGGCAACGACGAGAUGGCGAUCCACACGGACGUAGGAUCUGGGCUGAAAAUUCUUGGAAGGAACGUGCUGAUGAAACAGUAUCCAGGCGUAGGGUUAAUGUCAGUGAACUUGAUAGAAGUGACAAAGAUGAAUAUCUUCAUUCAAGAAACGUUUUGGAUAAUGGCAUCUGGAGAGGUUAUCACGACAAAGAUGCAGGGUUGCGGUAUAGGGAAAAGGAUGAUGCUUCAAAGAGUCGGCAUGAGAUCUUAGACGAUCGUCAUGGUAAAAGAAGGAAGGAUGAUGAGAAUUUAAGAACAAAUCUUUUUGAAAAAGACGAUAGCUUUAUUUUUCACAGAGAUGGCAGCAGUAAUCGUAGGAAGCGUGAAAGAGAUGUGCUUUGUAGUCAACUUAAGCGAGAGGAUCAGUCACAGAUUAGAGAGAAGCUGGAUGACCAUCAAUCUAGUCGGCUCAAGGAUGAAAUUUGGAUGCAGAAGGAGAGGGGUGAGCAGCAAAGAGAUAGAGAUGAAUGGUAUCGAGCUAAACAAUCCUACGAGGAAAUUUUACCCAGAAGGGAGAGAGAAGAUGGACGACCUCGUAUUAGGAGCAGCAGAAAUGUCGAAGAAAAGACCCGGGCCAGCCAUAGCCAUUCUCGUGGAGGAGAAUAUUUUAAGGGCCAUGACAAAGACACAGGGAGGCAUGUUGAACAGAUAAAGAGGAGAGAUCGGGUCGAGGAUCUUGGUGUGCAGCAUAGAGGUGAGGAUGUUUAUGUACGAGGAAAUCAACUUGUUAAUGAGCGAAAGAAUUCAAGGCAAGAAAAGUCCAGUUCUUUAAACAAUUGUGUUGCUGAUGCCCCAAGCAGCCUAAGGUUGCAUGAAAAAAAACAUAAAGAAAAUCUUAAAAAGCCUAGAGAUUCUGAAAGCCAAAGGUUGCAUGAGGAAGUUUCGUUAGGGAAAUCCAAGAAACAUCAAGGGCAUAAAAACAAAACAAAUGAGCUGGCUGAUGUGAAGGGCAAAAGUGAACAAGAGCAUGAUAUUCCAUUGCAAAAUCUUGCUAGAGAAGGUCGAGAAGAUGUUUCUUCCGAUGAUGAGCAACAUAAUUCUAAGAGAGGGCGAUCAAAGCUAGAACGUUGGACAAGCCAUAAAGAAAGAGAUUACAAUUCUUACUCAAAGUCAUCAUCCUUAAAGAACAGGGAGAUCAGAAAGGAUAAGCACACUGGCUUUGGCUCGUCUUCUGGAGCUCAUGAUGAAGCUGUAAAGAAGGUUAAGGCUGGUGAUAGUAAUCAGCCAUUUGCUGGUGGAAAAGAGGAUGGGGUUUUAGAGGGAAAGGGUGGAGAUCAAAGACCAAUGGAUUGUCACCAUCUAGACACAGUUGAGAAAUUAAAAAGGCGGAGUGAGCGUUUUAAGCUUCCGCUGGCGAGUGAAAAAGAUCCACCGGCAAUCAAGAUGGAGAGUGAAUCCUUGCCUACCUCUCAGAACGAUAUGCCCACAAGUGUUGAAGUCAAACAGGAGCGGCCGCCCAGGAAAAGAAGGUGGAUUAGUAGCUAAAAGCGCCUGAUAGCUGUAUCUGGGUAUUAAACUUGGCUCGUGUAUUAGUGCUGCCACUGUAUGCCAAAAGCUUUUUCUAUGUAAUUUGUAAAUCCUGAGUCCUGAGGGUAGCAAAAACUGAAUCUGAUUCUGUCAUUGAUAGUAUUGGUUGCACAACAUUGUGUAUUUUGCUUCCAAAUUGUGAUAUCAUGUAUGCAACAUCAGUGCAAAGCAUCGCCAGUUGAUCGAACAACCCCAUGCACGGCUGCAGCAUAGCUGGAGAAGAAGCUUAGUGGCAUUCAAGAUGUAGGUGAACCAGAAACUUCUCUCGGAUAAGCAGCUUAUGAGAUCUAUUUUCUGUACUUUAUUGUAUUUCCUCAAUCAGUUGUUCACGCGCACGGUGACAUUAAUUAUUUUGUUUCGUGAGCAUAGCAUACUACUAAUACACAUUUGAUAGUUUCUUAUACAGAAAACAAAACUAGUUUUACUGGAAAUGAUACACUAAUACGAUUGUUAGCACUCCCUUUUUGUAGACAUGUUUACAUUUACAAGUGAAUAUACAUGAAAAAUUUAUUCAGUUUCUUUUACCCAAAUAAUUUUUACAAU